GAGGGGGAAAGGGAGACAGAGAGAGGGGCGAGAAAGAAAAAUUAGUAUUCUCCUUCCAGCCUCGCUAUAAAUCAAUCAUGGAGUCCUACGUGGUGAGCUGUAAAUAUGCUGAGCCGCAGUUCCCGCCUUGUGAAGAAGAUUACAGUAAUUUUACUGACCAGGGGGGGUAUUACAACAACCCCCAGGACAGUGGUAGUUAUGGAGGGGGCUUCCAACAACCCCCACCGCCUCCAUACACACCACAACAAACCGGCUAUCCUCACUCUGUGCAGGGGCGACCGCGGGAGGAUGGAGAGGACCACUCGCAGCACCAAGGUGCGAGCUUCCCCGGCUACAGGGACAGAGACGUCCCCGCGAAGGACAAGUUCCCCGCGGGUGACCUGCAGUGCCAGGCCUGGAUGACGUGCGCGAAGAGCGUUCAGGUGCAGAGGAAGACGGCCUGUCAGGGCCGAGACAAGCCGCCCAUCGUGGUGUACCCCUGGAUGAAGAAAGUGCACAUCGCUCAUGUAAACCCGAACCACACGGGACCGGAACCGAAGCGGCUGCGCACGGCCUACACGCGCCAGCAGGUCCUGGAGCUGGAGAAGGAGUUCCACUUCAGCCGCUACCUGACGCGCCGCCGCCGGGUCGAGGUGGCCCACACCCUGGUUCUGUCCGAGCGCCAGGUCAAGGUCUGGUUCCAGAACCGGCGCAUGCGCUGGAAGAAGGACAACAAGCUGCCCAACACCAAGGGACGGAGCAAAAACAAGAGGGCGACGGACAACAACAACAACAACAUCAACAACAGCAACAGCAGCAGCAGCAGCGACCACAGCGACAGCGGCAGCACCGUGAAGGCGGUGAUCACCGUGUGAAGACACCGCUGGUCCGAGCGCCGUUCGUGCGUCACGAGCCUCCGGGCUCGCACCUUCAUUAUCCCACAUUGCUAAAGGGGUCCAGGGUAUAACCGCGGUCCUGAAACAAUUCUUAGCUGCUUUGAAAUUAUCCACCAAUCGACCAGCAAAAUGGCUUAAUCGAUAUUUUAAAUGCCUCAUAUUUUAUUGUGUGUGAAUCUUUCUGUUGUACAGAUAUUUCAGUUUCAGUCUGAUAUUUAAUUCACAAACGAAAGGCUUUGAUUUUUUGCUUCCAAUGCUGCAUUUACUCACCAGUUAUUCAAGCGAUUAUGUUCUCAGUUAAUCGAUUCCCUAGUCUGUGAAAUGUCCGGUGAGUCCUCGACCCUCCAAACCUCACAUAUCCACUUUAAUGUGAUAUUUUAUAUAAUAUCUUCAUAUUUGAGAGCCUGCAUUUAUCUUUAGCAUAAACAAACUUUUUCUGCACAUCUACUAAAUGAUAAUUCGGCUAAUACGUGCAGCUCUAUAGAUGUAGGGCUGUUUGGGGUCUAACAUUUCAUGGUGCAAUUAGUGAAUUGUUUCAAGUUAAGACACAAAAGGCACAGGAGCAUUGUGCCUGCGACUGGCUGCAGUUCUCCCUUUAUCUGCGGUGAGCGAGGGUGGAUUGCGUCCUUUGGAGAAAACAGGGUUUUAUUUCUACAGGGUGAAUACGAUACAGGGUUUUUAGAAUAGAUACCUAAAGCGAGUAAAUUAAUAUGCACAUUACCAAAAUGUUGUUUCCACAGACUGGGGCUUAAAGGGGAAAACAAUUAACACAAACACCAAAUCCCUGACCUGCAGAAUGGUUGGACUAGUAGCGUUCCAGUUUUUAUUUUAGGAAUAUCAGAAGAGAAUGAAUAUUUAGUAGGAUAAGUAGCCAUAUUCAGAUUUUUCUUUCUAAUUCCAUAAAGGGAUAAAGUCGUCAUUAAUUUAGAGGAGAAGUUGCAUUUUUACGCACGAGGAAACUCGUAAAUAAAAGACUUAAGAGAAACAGCCAAAUUGGAUGUAAAGGUUUUUAAAUGCACGACAGCGACUGUAAGUCCAACUCAUGUUCUCAGGGUUACAGGGUUUUAACGAAAAGAACUUUCUGAAAAAGGUUUGUUGUUGGAUCCAGAACCGAGAGGUUGGAAAUGAUCCUCUCCGAAAAUAAGCGAAGUGUUGCUCCAGUUGAAUAUGCUAUUGAAAUGUAUUUUAGCCUACGCCAGUACUUAUUUGUAUAAUUUGUAUUAUUAUUAUUUAGAAGCAUAUUUUAUUCUUCGUAGCAGCAUCUCUGUUUCUUUUGUACGUGUCCAUUUUGUAAGAAAAAAAAGUGAAACUCAUCGUGCAAAAAAAAAAUUUGAUACGUGGAAAUGUUUUGAUAAAAAUAAACCAAAAUGUUUCGAGUUGUAAAA